AAAACAUUAGCACAAUUUCUGAAUUUCAUAUAAGCAAAGUAAAUACGACGCCGCCGUCUACUUCAAACAAAGAAAACGACAACGCGUUUACCGUCGUCUUCUUUCUUCUUCUUCCUCCUCCUCGAUCUCCGUCUAAACCUUACAAAGCUUGCAGUUUCUAUAUCUUCACAUUUCCACAGCAAUAGCUUCGAUCGCAUUCGCACUUCGAAUCCCAGUUCAAUCUCCGAGUCCCUGCUUCCUGAUUUCACUCCAUUCGAUUCAUUCUCGGUUCUUCAGGGAGCGUGAUCCUUGGCAGAACCUGAAUGUCGAUACUUCGAUGACACCAUAGCUGAAGAUUCGAAACAAUGUCUUGGGGAUUGGGGUGGAAGAGGCCCUCCGAGAUCUUCCACCUCACUCUCAACUACGGCACCGACGAUCUGCGAGAAGCUCUCAAUCGCACGUCAUCUGCGUCGGCUUCUUCACUGAUACCGCAGGAGCAGGAGCUAGGGUUCCGUAUCGAGCUGGAAUGGUCGGCGUCGGAGGAUGAGGAUCAGACGGCGCUCAAGCUCCAGUCGCAGCUAAUGGUGGCUCUGCCGUUGCCGCAGGACACCGUGGUUGUGGAGCUGAGGCCGAAGGAGCACGACGAUGGCGUGAAUUUGAACAUGGAGGUUUUGAAGAGGAGGGAACCGCUCAGGGCCAUCACGAUGAGCAAGGCUGUUGCCUCGGGGCAGCACAGCGAUGGCACCAGUGUUCUGAUUCGGCUUCUGCGGUCUAAUUUGGCCUCCUCUGCGCCGCCGGCGGUGGCCGAGGGGGUUGCUGGAUGUGGCGACCAUUGGAGUAGUGUAUCGGUGCUUAGUCUCUGCGGCUGUGGUUUGUCGGUGCUUCCAGUACAGCUUACUCAGUUGCCACAUCUUGAAAAACUUAUUCUUGACAACAACAAACUGACAGUUUUGCCUCCUGAUCUUGGUCAGCAGAGAAGCUUAAGAGUGCUCAGAGUUGACAACAACAUGCUUAUUUCUGUGCCUGUUGAACUGAGACAGUGUGUUAAGUUGGAGGAGUUGUCAUUGGAACACAACAAGCUAGUUCGACCACUUCUUGACUUCAGGGCUAUGGCGGAACUACGGGUGCUCAGGCUAUUUGGAAAUCCUCUGGAGUUUCUUCCUGAAAUUUUGCCCCUCGUCAAACUUCGCCACCUUUCAGUUGCAAAUAUUAGGAUUGUGGCAGAUGAUAAUUUGAGAUCAAUCAAUGUGCAAAUAGAGAUGGAAAACAAUUCGUAUUUUGCAUCUAGGCAUAAACUCAGUGCCUUCUUUUCUCUUAUAUUCCGUUUUUCUUCUUGUCAUCACCCUUUAUUAGCCUCUGCACUUGCAAAGAUAAUGCAAGAUGUAGGAAAUAGAGUGGUUGUUGGCAAAGAUGAGAAUGCAGUGAGACAGCUUAUUAGCAUGAUAAGUAGUGACAACCAUCAUGUGGUUGAACAAGCCUGCUAUGCUCUUUCAGCUCUUGCCUCCGAUGUGUCUGUUGCACUGCAGCUGAUCAAAGCAGAUAUCAUGCAACCCAUUGGAACAGUUAUGAAAUCUAUGGGUCGGGAAGAGGUAAUAUCUGUAUUGCAAGUUGUGGUGAAGUUGGCUUUCGCAUCUGAUGCUGUAGCUGAGAAGAUGUUGAACAAGGAUGUUCUGAAAUCUUUGAAAAAUUUGUGUGCCCAUAAAGAUCCAGAGGUACAACGGUUAGCUCUGUUAGCUGUUGGCAACUUGGCUUUCUGUCCAGAGAAUCGUCGUAUACUUGUUACUUCUGAGAGCUUGCGAGAAUUUCUCUUACGACUGACUGUUGCAGUUGAGCCACGUGUUUAUAAAGCUGCUGCUCGUGCUUUGGCAAUUCUUGGAGAAAAUGAGAAUCUGCGACGUGCAAUAAGAGGGAGACAAGUGCCGAAGCAAGGACUCCGCAUACUCUCAAUGGAUGGAGGGGGGAUGAAAGGUCUGGCAACUGUGAGAAUGCUUAAGGAAAUUGAAAGGGGAACUGGAAAACAAAUACAUGAGUUGUUUGAUUUAAUAUGUGGCACAUCAACGGGUGGAAUGCUGGCUGUUGCCCUUGGGAUUAAGUUGAUGACUUUGGAACAAUGUGAAGAUAUAUACAAAAAUCUUGGGAAGGUUGUUUUUGCUGAACCUGUGCCCAAGGAUAAUGAAGCUGCUACCUGGAAAGAAAAGUUAGAUCAACUAUAUAAGAGUUCAUCACAGAGUUUUAGAGUCGUUGUUCAUGGAUCAAAACACAGUGCCGAACAGUUUGAGAGUCUAUUGAAAGAAUUGUGUGAUGAUGAGGAUGGGGAUCUAAUGAUAGAUUCUGCUGUAAAAAAUGUGCCAAAAGUUUUUGUUGUAUCAACCCUGGUGAGCGUCAUGCCUGGACAGCCCUUCAUAUUCCGCAAUUAUCAGUAUCCUGCUGGUACACCAGAGGUGGCUCUUACGACAUCAGAAAGUUCAGGGGUAACCUUGUUGGCUCCUUCUUCAACAGGUGCACCAGUUGGCUCUAAGCGCAGUGCGUUCAUUGGAAGCUGUAAGCAUCAAGUGUGGCAGGCUAUCAGAGCUUCAUCUGCUGCGCCUUAUUAUCUUGAUGAUUUUUCAGAUGAUAUUAAUCGCUGGCAAGAUGGUGCAAUAGUGGCAAACAAUCCAACAGUUUUUGCCAUACGAGAAGCCCAGCUUCUGUGGCCUGACACAAAAAUUGAUUGCCUGGUUUCAUUAGGGUGUGGUUCUAUUCCAACAAAGGUGCGGAAAGGGGGUUGGCGGUAUCUGGAUACAGGACAGGUAUUGAUCGAGAGUGCAUGCUCUGUUGAGCGGGUUGAGGAAGUUUUAAGUACACUGCUGCCUAUGCUUCCUGAGAUACAGUAUUUUCGUUUCAAUCCUGUUGAUGAACGUUGUGAUAUGGAACUUGAUGAGACGGAUCCAACUGUCUGGAUGAAACUGGAGUCUGCAGUUGAUGAAUAUAUACAAAAGAAUCAUCUGGCAUUUGAAAAUCUCUCUGAGAGAUUGAUUCUGCCUUUCCAGCAUGAAGAGAAGCUUUUCGAGAAUAUAAGAUCUAAAGUAUCCAAGACUGGGGAAUCAAAUGAAGGUGCUAGUGGCCCUGCUUUGGGGUGGAGGCGAAAUGUACUACUUGUGGAAGCUUUACAUAAUCCUGAUGCAGGAAGAUCAGUGCACCAUGCUCGAGAGCUCGAGUCAUUUUGUGCUCGGAGCGGGAUACGAUUAUCACUCAUGCAGGGUUUGUCUCAUAUUGUAAGGACAGGGUUGACAACAACAUUUGCUACUCCAUUUGUGUCACCUCUGUUUACAGGAAGCUUCCCUUCAAGUCCACUUGUAUAUAGUCCUGAUAUUGGUCAGAGGAUUGGACGGAUUGAUCUGGUUCCACCCUUAAGUUUAGAUGGCCCAUCAGGGAAAAUAGCUUCAUCACCUCCAGCGUCUCCCCGAGGACUUAGACAGCUGUCGGCACCUGUCAAAUCAUUGCAUGAGAGAUUGCAGAAUUCACCACAAUUGGGCGUUAUACAUUUGGCCCUUCAAAAUGACUUAGAUGGCUUAAUUGUGAGUUGGCAAAAUGAUGUAUUCGUGGUGGCUGAACCUGGAGAACAUGCGGAGAAAUUUCUACAAAGUGUUAAAUGCAGUUUGUUAUCUACAAUGAGGAGCCACCGCAGAAAGGGUGCAUCUCUCUUGUCCAAUAUUUCUACCAUAUCGGAGUUGGUUGCCUUUAAGCCCCAUUUCCAAAUUGGAGACAUUGUCCAUAGAUACUUAAGCCGCCAAACCAUGGUUUUGGAAGAUGAACAAGAAAUAAGUUCCUACAUGUUCCGCAGGACAGUCCCUUCUAUGCAUUUAACACCUGAGGAUGUUCGAUGGAUGGUUGGAGCUUGGAGGGACAGGAUCAUCAUUUGCACAGGUACAUAUGGACCCACUCAGGCUCUUAUUAAGGCGUUGGACUCUGGUGCAAAAGCGGUCAUAUGCCCUUCAAAUGAACCCCCUGAAAGUCAGUUGGCUACAUUUGAUGGCACUGGGGAAUUGUUUGUGAUGGAAAAUAAUGGCAAGUUCGAAAUUGGAGAGGAUGAAGCAGAUGAUGACACUGCACCUGACAGUCCCUUAAGUGACUGGGAAGAUAGUGAUGCUGAGAAAAAUGGUGACCGCCCUUUGCCUUUUUGGAAUGACGAUGAAGUGGAACUGUCUCAAUUUGUUUGCCAUCUGUAUGAUUCAUUGUUCAGGGAGGGUGCUGGUAUCCAUCUUGCUUUGGAACAUGCUCUCGCCUCGCAUAGGAGAUUACGGUACGUGUGCCAUCUCCCUCACAUACAAUAACUCUUUCGCCUGAAAAAAGGGAGAGAAAAAACCAAAAAAACACUUGUUCUUAUAGAAUUACAACGGAUGUCCUAUUCUGAGGAUUUUGAGGGUUGUAGAGGAUGUGCAUCGUCUAUUCUUUACUCCAUGAGAUAGGGAUGUAGUAUGUAUCAUUUUUUCCUUUGUUCUGUUGUUAUGGUAUUAAGAUUUGAUCUCAGCUGAAUGCGGGGAAUCUGAUUGCUCCCUGACAAGUUGUUUUGGAGAAAUAAUUUAUCCCCACCUUAACCAUCUUGUGGAUGAUGGCCUUGUACUGAAAUCUGUAAAGUUCACUGUACUGUACUCUAGAGUUAAAAGAGGGUAAAAAAUGGUUUAGGAAUGGAAGUGUGUGUCUAGAUAAUUAGAUAAAGCAUUUUUAAGUUUCAGAGAGGUUUUUUUUUUUUUCGAAUUUAAAUGCUGGAAUUGUAUUUUCUGUAUAAUCUGUGUUCAUUGGAGUUGGAGGUACCUUUUUUUUUUAGUAUAUGGAACUUUAUACCAAACUACUUGUAUUUAUAUUUUACAAAACAAUCCAAGCUGAUUGAUAUUCCUCC